AUGGCGCUCAGACCCAUCGACAAUGCUCUCCCAACCACACCGGAUAGACCCAUAAAGCCAACCAAAGUUGCUGUUCCCACCCAAAAGAAAUCUGAUUUGGGCCUCAAUGACGAAAACAAGGCUCCGCUUCCGGUAGCCGCUGAAGCCACCAUUGACUACAUCUCCUCUGAGAAUCUCAAACCCAUUUCAGACCCUGAUUCCAACAUUCAGAGCUUGAUUGGAGGACUGGACUCGAAGGAUUGGAUUAAAGUCUGCGAGUCCCUGAACAAUGCUAGGCGUUUUGCUCUGUUUCACUCUGAUCUUUUGGUGCCUACCCUAGAGAAAGUGAUGGUGGUGUUGGUUAAGUCCAUGAAGAAUCCGAGGAGUGCUCUGAUCAAGACCUCCAUCAUGGCUUCGGCCGAUAUCUUCAAUGCCUUCGGUGACAGAUUGCUUGACUCCACCACCUCUGAUGCAUUUGAUCAAUUGCUUCUGCAGUUGCUGCUGAAAGCUUCACAAGAUAAGAGGUUUGUUUGUGAAGAGGCAGACAAGGCGCUAAUCACAAUGGUGAAGUCCUUGACUCCUCUGCCUCUGCUUAAUAGGCUUAAAGCCUAUGUCACCCAUGCUCACCUCAAAGUCAGGGCCAAAGCUGCCAUAUCCAUCUCAACCUGUGUCUCUAAGAUGGGGCUGGAAGGAAUGAAAGAUUAUGGGCUGGCUGCUCUAGUUAAAAUGGGGGCAGAUUCCCUGAAUGAUAGGCUGCCUGAGGCAAGAGAAGCAGCAAGGAGUAUUAUGACUUCGGUCUACAAUGCCUACACUGAGAAUGAAGAGGAGAAGCAGGAGGUAUGGCUGAGCUUUUGUGAAUUAAAUUUGACACCAAUUCAUGCUCAUGCCAUGGUCAAGUUUACUUCUUCUCAGUGACUUCAAGUUUCCAGUGUGAAGUGGUUAUUCUGGUGGUAGCAGCCAGCUAUAAUAGAGGAGUGCUAUUUCCAGUUUCAUAUAGAAGCUGUUUUCACACAUUUCAAGUGGAUGGAUUUCUUUUUUUAUAAUGAAGUUGUUUUGGUCUUGUGAAGUUUGAAUGUACUGUUUUUGUGUGCACUCAACAAAUACAAUCAGUAGAUUUCAAUGUUUGC